UACUCGAUUGGAAACCCCUUCCUCAUCGCUCGGUACACGAAAGUGAUAACUACUAACUUUCACUACUUAGUCCUCCUCGAGGAGCUCAAAGAGGCAUACGGGAAAGAAUACACAUGGCAAAAGAUCAACAUCAUGAAAAACACUCAAAAGGAGCCUUGGUUCACGGCCAUAAAUCCCAAUGGUCGUAUUCCCGCCAUUGUUGAUCACGAUCGCAAUGACUUCGCAGUAUUCGAAGGAAUCUCGAUCCUAGGCUACCUCACUCGUCUCUACGACCCGGACCACAAGUUCUCCUUCCCCGUGGACUCGGAUGACUACACCGUUGCCGAGGAGUGGAUUGGCUGGCAACAUGGGGGACUUGGACCGAUGCAGGGCCAAGCCAACCAUUUUUUGCGAUUCGCGAAGGACAAAAUAUUGUACAGCAUCCAGCGAUAUGUGGGGGAAUCAGAACGUUUGUACGGCAUCUUGGACAAGCGACUCGAGAGCCGUGAAUACGUCGCAGGUCAAGGGAAGGGAAAAUACUCCAUUGCUGACAUGUCCAUUCUGGGCUGGGCCAAUGUGACCACCAUGGUCGGGAUUGAUCUGGACAUGUUCCCUAACGUACAGGCGUGGUUGGAUCGGUGUUUGGCCAGGCCUGCGGUAAAGAAGGGGUUUGCGGUGCCGAGCGAGAGCCCGAUGAGCAACGCGGCUCUCAAGCAUGCAAUUGAGACUGAGGAUGCCGAGGCUAAGAAGAAGCAUGAAGAAACCUUGGCGCUUGUUGAUGAGUCAAAGGAGAAGUAUUGCUACAAGUACAGCUCUCCUUGAUCGGAUUUUGGUGUGAGGUUCCGGUUAAAUCAUGAAGAGCAGAAUGGGAGUCUCGGGACAUAUACGCAGCGCAACGUUUCUGAACUAUGUUGAAAUGAGACAAAUAUAAUAAAACAUGGUUGCGAUCUUGAAGCUACACAAAU